UCAAAUAUUUGAUACUGACUAGUUCUGACCUUCUUCUAUUUCUUCUUUCUUCAUGCUCUCUGUCAAAAGGAAAAGAAAAGAGAAAGAGAAGAAUGUUCAUCAUCUUCUUAUCCUUCUUCUUUUACUAAUUACCACUAAUUGACUCUUUCUUUAGAGAGAAGAAACAAGCCUGCAUAUAUAUACAGACAGAGAGGGAGAGAUAAAAGGGAGUAAUUGAGUAUUAACAGAAUGGGAGGGGUGACUUCUUCCAUGGCAGCUAAAUUCGCUUUUUUUCCGCCGAACCCUCCUUCUUACAAGCUAAUUACUGAUGAUGCUGGCCUUUUGCUUCUGGACCACUUCCCUCAUCGCGAGAACGUCGACGUCUUGCGCCUCCCCACCCGCCGGGGUACAGAGAUUGUUGCUGUUUAUGUUAGAUAUCCCAUGGCCACCUCCACUCUGCUUUAUUCUCAUGGAAAUGCUGCUGAUAUUGGCCAGAUGUAUGAGCUCUUCAUCGAAUUAAGCAUCCACUUGCGUGUAAAUCUCAUGGGGUACGACUAUUCUGGCUAUGGACAGUCAUCAGGGAAGCCCAGUGAGCACAAUACUUACGCUGAUAUUGAAGCUGCUUAUAAGUGUCUUGAGGAGAGCUAUGGUACCAAGCAGGAGAACAUCAUCCUUUAUGGUCAAUCUGUUGGUAGUGGGCCUACUUUGGAUCUUGCUGCACGUUUACCUCGGUUAAGAGCUGUAGUCCUGCAUAGUCCUAUACUAUCAGGGUUAAGAGUCAUGUACCCAGUUAAGCGCACCUACUGGUUUGAUAUCUACAAGAACAUAGACAAGAUUUCAUUGGUGAAGUGUCCUGUGCUGGUUAUCCAUGGAACAUCUGAUGAAGUAGUUGACUGUUCUCAUGGAAAGCAGCUCUGGGAAUUGUGCCAGGAGAAAUAUGAACCACUAUGGCUCAAAGGAGGAAAUCACUGCGAUUUAGAACUGUAUCCAGAGUAUCUUAGGCAUCUGAAGAAGUUCAUAUCAACAGUUGAGAGAUCACCUUCGCGAAGAAACACUGCUAGGAGAAGUACAGAUGGAAUUGAACAGCCAAGACGGAGUACUGAUUGCUUUGAGGCUCCAAGGAAGAGUACGGAUCGGAGGGAGAAACCGAGAAAAAGCACUGAUAGACCUGAAAAACUGAAGUUUCAUGAAUACAAGUUUACGAAUAUUGAGAAGCUAGAAAAGCUAAGGAUCUCCUUUGACCAAAUGGAGAGGUCACGGAGAAGUGUGGAAUACCAUGAGAAAUCUAGAAAGAGCAUUGACCUGCAGCUAGAAAAGGCAAGGAAAAGUGUUGAUUGGCUGGAUAGGAUUCGCGCUGGAUAAGAAUGCCGUGUCGUUUGUAAAAUUUGUGCACUUGAUUGGUUUUAGGGGAAAAAAGGGAAAUUAUUUGGUAUUUAACUUGGUAUUUCAGAGUGUGUGCCUUGCUCAUUGAAGUUGCAUAAUAACAGUGUAAUGAGUUGUAGGUGUUUGAUAUAAUACUGGGUGGGAUUUAUUAUCCUUGAUGGUUAAUGGAAGAAUUCUAACCUCCUUA